AUGUCUAACAAUGAACAAGGGAAGUUAAUAUCAUUGAAGGAUUUGCAACCACUUUUAACGCGGUCUGAAUUGUUAAAACAACAUUAUGUGAAGAUCAAAGAACCAAAGUUAAAUAAUGGCGUUAAAGUGUAUUGGGAGUUGAAGACGACAUCUCAACACGAGGAAAAAGAAGGCGAUGACUCAAUAGAAAAGGCUCCAUGUGCUUUAAUACCAUGUCAUAAACCACAUGAAACCUCAGUUGGACAAAUGGGUCCCUCAUUUUCGCCGUUGGUGGCUAGCUCUAAGGUUGAAGCUAAGGUGAAGAGUUUAAAUUAUGAACAAGUGAAGUUAAUAUCACUGAAGGAUUUGCAACCACCUUUAUCGCCGUCUGAAUUGUUAAAACAACGUUAUGUGAAGAUCAAAGAACCUAAAUUAAUUAAUGGCGUUAAAGUGUAUUGGGAGUUGAAGACGACAUCUCAACACGAGGAAAAAGAAGGUGAUAACUCAGUAGAAAAGCUAAUGCUUGUUGGAAAAUGGGUUGUACUUUAUUCAUUUUAUUCGAAGAGCAUCACAGAAACAUUCAAGGAACGACAAGACGCUACUGGUUACUCAUGGAAGGAUGUUAGUGAAUCGACUCGUAAAUUCUAUUGGCAUGAAUUUGUGAAAUUAUAUCAGUGGAACCCUUCUGAGACUACCGUAAUCGAACACACCUGGGGUAAAGUGGUAUCCACCUUAUACUCUAAGAAAUUGCACCGUUGGCGAAAACGUCCCAGACCUACUUUUGUUCCAGAAGAUGUAUGGGAAAGCUGGAAGACAUAUUGGGCCUCUGACAAGUGGCUGGAAAAAUCUCGUAUCGCCACUCAAAAUCGACACAGUGAGACUGGUGGUCCAGGCACUGGUCCAAGCAAGCAUACUGGUGGUUCUAAAUCAACAGUGGAGCAUACUAUAAAAUUGGCAAUAGACCUACGUCGUCCUGCAAAUUCAUGGGAUGUCUUUAAGAAGCUGCACAAAAGAAAGGAUGGCAGCUUUGUUGAUCCCAAGUCUAAGAGCAUUAAUGAUGAAAUGGAGGCUAGGGUGGCUGCUGCUAUAAGCUCAUCAGAUGAUUCACAAGAAGUUCAAGAACUCGAUGUAAAUAGCAUAUACUUGGAUGUUGUGGGUGGAGAGAAAAAACGACGUGUGUAUGGAUUGGGCUCUCAAGCUUUGACUAUGUAUAAAGAUUAUAAUUCUGCCACUUCAUGCAAUAUAGUGACUGAUCGUGCUGCUGAUCAAGAGCGCAUCAAAUUACUUGAGGAAGAGAUGUUGCGAAUGAAAGAAAAUCAAGAGAGGAUUCUUCAAGAGCGUGUAGAGGCGGAAGUGCAACAACGCGUAGAGAAGGAGGUCUCAGAUCGGUUUAAGUCUAUGGAGGAUCGAUGGUCUCACAUGAUGAGCGUGAUGGGUUUAUCUUCUCGCUCAUCUGGUAGUCCUACUCUCCCUAACAGGGACUCACCAAAUGCUUAAGUGUGUAACAUUUUAGACUUUGGUUAGUUGGAUAUUCAAGUGUUGUUUCCAACGUUGUCAGACUUUUGUUAGGUGGAUGCUUUGUAAGUUUAAAAAUUUUGUAGACUUUUGCUUAUUGAAGUGGUGUAUACUGUAAGUUUUUGUAU